AGUGGUAUGACUUAGGUCAUAGGUUAUCUUAGCUAGUCAGGCGCGGGAAUCAAUGAAGGAGAUUGAAGGUUUUUUUAAGCCUAAAGCUUCCAUGUUUUAGAGCAUGGCGACAUCAGAACGGUGGAAGCUGUUCCAGGAGUCCUGUAAGAAGGAGCUGGGACGCCGUCUGCCUGAGUUUAGCCGUCUGGAGAGCGACGAAGAACGAGCAAAAUUCUGCCUCGCGUUGGACUGCUGGGAUGGCGACACCCUGACCAAACUAAUCGAGAAACUACAGAGUCUUAAAGGGAAGGUGGGCAAGUCUACCGAAAAGGCCAACCACCUCCGAGACAAAGGCAACGCAGCCUACAAGGCACAGAAAUUCCAAGAGGCAUUCACUCUCUAUACAGACAGUAUCUCCUAUAGCCCUGUAACACAUGUGAAUGAUGACAAUGGGACCGAAUGUCUUAGCCUUGCUCUUGCGAAUAGAUCAGCAGUUUUGUUUCAUUUACAAGAAUACAAACUGUGCUUGCAGGAUAUUCAAGCAUCCAUAGAUUCUGGGUAUCCUGAAAAUUUGCAGUACAAACUUUUGCAUAGGAAAGUGCAAGCACUUUUCAAACUUGGCAAAAAAGAUGAUGCAAAGAAAGAAGUUAAGGGAACUUUAGAAGCAAUUGAAAAAGCAGAUAUUCCAGAAGAUAGGAAGGAAGCGAUGAGAAAAGAACUGAAGUUGGCAGGAAGGAAUAUCUCAAAACAGGAAGAAGGGAAAGAAGGAGAAGAAAGUGCAGAAGAGGUAAAAGUUCCCAAGCUGCAGUAUGGAGAGAGUCAGCAGGUGGCACAUGCCUCAGGUGGAGUUGAAAUGAGAGAAGAGGAAGACAAAGGGAGGAUGUUGGUGGCACAGAAGGCUUUUGAACCAGGAUCAGUGUUGAUUGUUGAGCAGCCGUAUGCAGCAGUGUUACUCCAGAAGCAUCACUCCACCCACUGUCACACCUGUGUCACACCUGUCCUGGUGCCACACCCAUGCAGGGGCUGCCAGUACGUACAGUACUGCUCUGGGACAUGUGAGGAACAGGCAUGGAGGGAGUAUCACAGCUAUGAGUGUGAGCACUGGCACCUCCUACAGAUGGUAGAAACCUUUGCACAGCUCAGUCUCCGUCUGCUGCUGACUGCUGCUGCAAGAGGAGAGAAACACCCCUCUGCAGACAUGGAAUCUCCCGCCACAGCGAGCAAACCCUCGGAUCAAGCUAAACUUUGUACCGACAAAGUCAGUCCCACUUCCGAUGGAGCCAAGACAGUCCAAAUAGAUUCUGAGACGGGAAGCACUUCUGAGCAACCUGGAGACUUGUCUGUUCAAACUGACGUAAUAGAAGAGAACCCCCCCUCUGCAGGAAUGGAAUCUCCCACCACAGCGGACAAACCCUCUGAUCAAAAUAAACUCUGUACGGAUGAUCUCAGUUCCACUUCUGAAGAAGCCAAAACAGAUUCCGAGACUGAAAGCACUCUUGAGCAAGCUAGCAACAUGUCUCAAGCGGAAAGUACCCCCGAGCAAGCUAGCAACUUGUCUGUUAAAACUGACAGUGUUCAGAAUUCUAUGCAGGAUGUUGAACUCCACAGAGGAAACUACAGUUCAGUCUACAACCUGAUGACCCAUACAGAACACCACUCCGUGGAGCAACUGCUAACACAGAUGAUGGUCUCCUGUCUGAUGUGUAAAUGUCUAGGGGUGGACAUGUGUGUGGAGGUGGUGAAGAAACUUGGGCUGGAGGGGGGGAACUGUACGGGAGCAACUGAGGGGGGAGGCUGUGGGGAGAAUAAAGAGGGGGGUGACUGUGCCAAGAGUGAGGAGGGGGUAGUCUGUGUAGAGAAGAUGGCUGCGCUCCUGUGUCAUCACAUGCAGCAGCUGAGGUGUAAUGCACAGGCCAUCACUACCUUACAGGAGCAGGAUUCAGUCUCCUUACUCGAGGAUAAGCAGGUUCGUCUGGCCACAGCUGUAUUCCCCACAGAAGCGCUCUUGAACCAUUCCUGCAGACCCAACGUGUUUGUCAGCUUCCAGGGGAAAACUCUGAUUGUCCGUGCUGUGAGCCACAUUAAGCCAGGAGAAGAGUUGUUGCAUUGUUACGGGCCCCAUGCUGGCAGGAUGGUGUAUGGAGAGAGACAGGCAGCCUUAAAAGAACAGUACUUCUUCUCAUGCAGCUGCGAUGCCUGCCAGGAACAAGUAGGGAACCCCAACACAGUAGACAUGUUUUCUGCCUACAAGUGUCCUGUGUGUAACAAUGCAGCAAAGCUACAGGACAAAAAGCUUGUCUGUACAUCACCCAACUGUGACGCUCAAGGAGACACAGACGACAUUAAGACAACCUCUAAGAAAAUACAGGACCUCUUUGUCCAGUCUUCUGCUUUUCUUGAGGAAGGUCAAAUACAAGAAGCUGUGUCUGGACUGAAACAGUGUCUUGUACUUCAGUGGAAGAUUCUUCACCCAAGCAAUAAAGACAUUGCGCGUACCCACGAUGCAUUAGCAAGAUGUUACGCUACGAGCGGCGACUGUAAGAAAAGCGUGGAACACCUGAAGAAAAGUCUGUCCACCGUAGAGCUUCAGUUUGGUGCCUGCAGUGUAGAACUGGCACAUGAGCUGCACAAGUUGGCACAGCUGCAGUUUAACGGGCAGCAGGUGGCUGAAUGCCUGGACACCAUAGAAAGGGCCCUGACCAUAUUUGGAUGCCACUAUGGAGACCAUCAUCCAAAGUCAAAAGAACUGAGAGCAAUGAAAGAUUGCUUGAUAGAUGUGCUUGUCUGAAAUUAUUAUGAUAGUUUAAUGUUCUCUGAUGAUGAUGGUGGUCGUUUCUUCGCAUGAGAUGUCUUCCUCUGCAGUCUUGCAUGUGGCUUCAGCUAACCUUAACCCUUCAUUCCUUAAACCUAUGGAAUUAAAAGUCACAAGUUGUACAUUUGUACUGUGGCACAGAUACAAGGUAAGAUUUUUGAAAUGGUCAGACUUUUCAGACAGCAUUUGCCGUCUUUUCUCAGAUACAUUGACUCAAAGACCUGUUGAUCAGCAGGUUUAAAACUAUGACUUGAUAUGCAAAUGAGAUGAUUUUAGAUAGCCCAAAAGGUAAUAAAAAUAAGACAAUAAGUCAAGACCGGGUUGAUGCUAGUUAGUCAAGUAUCUACUGUUGUUUGAGUACAAGAGCUAAGGUACAGUACUUACGAUGUAGUUGUGAAUGAAGAGAUUAGAACCACAGCAAUUGUCCUGAAGUGUGUUGUAAUACAUACUUUGAAGAUCAGUCUGCAGCUCAUUUACAAACCCUUCAGUCAUCUCUAUCCAUUGUGAUAUACUGUAAAUGCAUUUAAGUUAGCGGGGAUUUAAUUUCGCGGUAGCGGGAAAAGGGACUUUUCGCGGUGGAUUUAAGUUCGCGGCAACACCAUAGACUGCAGUCUAAUACCAUAAUAGAAAAAUAUUCGCGGUGGUUUUAAGUUCGCGGUGAAGUGGUCACCGCAAAAAACGCGAACAUUAAUCCAUCGCGAACAUUUCUGCAUUUACAGUAAUGCAUGAUAUAACAAACAUUGCUUCUGAAACAUGAGUGCGAAACUGACCUUUUCGUAGAAUAAAAGAUAUGGAAAUUUGUGGAAAUCUAAACCAUAAUAUAACAGAUGGAAGUACAAUAAAAAUAGAAAUAUUGCUCAAAAUUUGGUCUCAUUAAUAAUAUCAUGGUUGGAUGUAAAAAGAAGCUGCAGGUUCUGUUCA